UAUAAAUCCUAAAAAGGAUAUUUCACCCAAAAAAACAUUGUCAUUGUUUACUCCCCUCAUGUCAUUCCAAACCUGUCUGACUUUAAUUAUUUUGUGAAACACUAAAAGAGAAAUGUUGAAGACUUGCUCCGUGGGGCUGGAGCUUUUAAGUAAAAGUAUCAUAAUAGUUGUCCACAUAACUUCCACAGUAAACAGCAAGCAUGACAUUUUCAACGCCUAUACGCAUUACGUGAAGUCAUGGACGUGCAUAGCACAACAGUGCAAGGCGAGCAUUUCUGUUUAUAAAGCAUGUACUUUUUGAGGGUCGUUAGUAUGUUCUUAUUAAUGUCAGGGAAAUUUCACAUCUCAUUUAAAAUGUUCACUGACAUUUGACCUGUUUUUAGAUGUUUUUGAUGAUCAGUUCCUCUUGCUUUUGUGUUCUCCAUAACCACAAUGUCAAAUGUCCUCCCAGCUGAUACCAUUUCUCCCUCCGCUGGCAGAACUUCCCUUAAAUCCCUUGCUCUUUUCUUCUUUGCUUUUCAUUAUCAAACGCAAGCCCCCACACACACUUUACACUUUGACCUCUGCUUUAAGGAAUGAUAGGCAUCCGUCUGCGUCUAUGCUGAUCUGCUUUGCAAGCUCGUUUAUAGAGUGGAGGGGAGAGAAAGUGCUAUGGAGGGAGGGUCCCAUGUGAGAGAGGGAGAGGGGGAGGAGAGAGUUGCAGGAGGAGGAGUGGAGGAAAAAAGAAGAGCUGUUGGCAUGAGAUCCACUCAAAGAAGAAGGAGAACAUUGGGAGUUUGGGAACAUUGACUUGGAAAGUGGAAGGAAGCAUGAAAUCGACAGAAGGUGACAGGAAAGGGGUGCUUUGAAGCCAAAAGAAAAAGCGGAAGGUUUGAGGGAAACUGGAUUGCCGCUGCUGUCCACUGGGGUGCACCUGGGCAGGAGCUGCAAACAGAGGCCCUUUGGGGUCUGGAGCAUGGGACAGACGUUCCCUCUAGAGACUGCACCUCAAAACUCCUGCGCACACUUGGAUGAUGAAGGUGACCUCCAGUACAGCAGCACAGGGAGCGAAGAGGGUACGGCAGGGGACAGCACCCCUCCUCCCAAGCGCAAGGGCAAGUUCUCUACCCUGGGUAAGAUCUUCAAACCCUGGAAGUGGAGGAAGAAGAAAAGCAGCGAGAAGUUUAAGGAAACUUCAGAAGUUUUGGAAAGAAAGAUGUCGAUGAGGAGGCCAAGACAGGAACUGAUCGAGCAGGGAGUGCUCAAGGAGCUUCCUGACAAUGGUGAGGCCCAUGGCCACAAGACACCUUAUGUGAAGAAUGGUCACACUCUGCCUGUAGGAGUUGGUGGAGGUCUGGGGCUAGAGCAGAUUCACUCGCCCUCUGAGUCUGAAUUUAGAGUCAAUCCUGUCUGGCUGCCACAGCACGAUGACCGGAGAGGUCGUACCCCUUCUGACGGGGAGCAUCGUGGAGCAUUGGGUCAGCGGGCAUCCAAUCAGGAUGAAGGCAGGAGAAUUGGCUGGUCUGUUGGGACAGAGGACUGGAAAUCUAAUCUGGCCUGGCAGGGAGAUGAUAUCCGACAUGGAGGAAGACUGCAUGUUGAAAUGGACAAGAGGCCUGGGCUAAUGAAAGCCCCCUCUGAGGAUGGGCGGAGGACUCGCCCCGAACCGGACUGGAAGCCAACGCUUCCUCGCCACUCGUCUGUCGAAGAGGGAAGGGGAAGACUAGAGUCUGAUAGCAGUCAAUAUGUUCCUAACUCUGAGGUUUUGAGGGACACACUACGAGAGCCUUUGCCCCCCAAGCAGUCCAUCAUGCCCCCCAAAUGGCUGAUGACUUCCACCCCGGAAUCUAGUGUUGAGAGCUUGCCCCGCACCCCAGUCCACAACCCCGCAACUGCUUUCUCUUCUUCCUCUGCCUCCUCCAACUCCUCCUCCUCAGCUGUCAGCACGGCUGGAAGACCACUACGAAACGUAUCCUCCGCUGGCGCCAACACGCAGGCCUCCAGCAGCUCUCCCCUUACCACUUCUUCAGCACCAUCCUUUAUGAGCAAUGUCCCAGCCCAGCCCAAACAGCCCCCUCUCCCUCCACCCAAGCCAAUCAACCGCAGCAACAAUCCCGCCAUGUUGGCCUCCACCCUGCAUGGGGGUGACGGCAGCGAUUUCCCCCUCUACUGGUCCUGCUGGAAGCGUGAGGGUGACCAUGACGUCUACCUGUCCCUGCCUGUAUACCUCUGCCGGCGGGCAGGAGGCAUGCGCACAGCUGAACUCAGUCAAGGAGGUGUCAACCUAGUACCAGCAAAGCCCUCGCCCCCUAUGCCCCCAAAAAGAACCACGCCUGUCACCAAACGCAAUGCAGAGGACUCCCCUCUGACCAUUUCCUCCCUUCCCUCCAUUCUGUCCGAGGACAUGAGGGCCAACAUCCCUGGGGGCUACCAGCUGCCCCCACCUCCCCCAUCCCCACCUCUCCCCACACACAUCCCCCCUUCCCCACCACGGGCCCACACCCAUCAUCUCCUCCACCAACACUCCUACCCCUACCACCUGCCACAGCCACUUCCUGUCCACUUUGACCCUCCCAGCCCUCCAGAGGAACCGCCAGCCCGUCAAGCCCCUGUUCCCUUACACAUCAUGAUCCAGAGGGCGCUCAGUAGCCCAGGACCUGCUCUCCCACACCCAGAUGGCUCCCAGCGUGCCCACUCACUUCUGUUUGAGACGCCACCAGAGUACCAGGGCAGCCGCCCACUGCCAGUCACCAUCCAGCCUCUCAAACUGGAUGAAGAUGACUACUCUGAUGAAGAGGAGGAGGAAGAGGACGAUGAUGAUGAGGAUGAGGAACCUCCAUCUGAUCACCUCCCAUCCCCUCAGUCCCAGCCAGAACUUGAGCCUCGUAGCCGCAGAUGCUUGGUGGGGGAUCUGAACGUCAGCAUCAUCCCUGAAGGAAACAACAGCAGCGAGGAGGAGGAAGAUGAGGAAGAUCAGCAGCCAGAGGAGAGUGACUCGGACGGGCCAGUGCUGUACCAGGAUGAUGAAUCGGAUGAGGAAGAGGAUGACGACACCCCACCAAGUGCUCUGGCCAGCAGGGUGAAAAGGAAGGACACGUUGGCGCUGAAGUUGAGCAGUCGGCCCUCUGCCCCAGACAGGCAGGCUCCUGAGAGGCAGGCCAAAGUAGAGCACAUGGGUCUAUCGUGGCAGAGCAAGGAGCAGUGGGAGGCCAUCCGCACACAGAUUGGUACCGCACUCACACGGCGAUUGAGUCAGAGACCUACUGCUGAGGAGUUGGAACAGAGAAACAUUCUCCAGCCCAAAAAUGAAGCAGACAGACAAGCAGAGGUCAGGGAGAUCAAGCGCAGACUCACCAGAAAGUUGAGUGAACGACCGACUGUAGCCGAACUACAGGCACGAAAAAUAUUACGUUUCCACGAGUACGUGGAGGUCACAUGCGCUCAGGACUACGACCGCCGUGCUGACAAGCCAUGGACCAAACUCACUCCCGCAGACAAGGCCGCUAUUCGUAAAGAGCUCAAUGAGUUUAAGAGCUCCGAGAUGGAAGUGCACGAGGAAAGCAGAAUUUACACAAGAUUCCAUCGUCCUUAACAGUGUCUUUUAACUGGAAAAUGCAGCACUUAAAGGCCGGUGGAUAUUGGGAUAGUAAUGGCUGUUUUUUUGGUGAGGAGCCUCAGGGUGUCCGAGCUCCUUCAGACUGCUUUUACUAUGAAUGUACUUCUUCAGAUUCACAGGGAGCAUUCAGAAACCAAUGAAGAAAACAAAACCUACCGUUUCUCAGUUGUCCACCCACUGACGUGUGGGACGGGUGACCUCUGGGGGACAGAUGCAGUAUUACUCCUGGACUUCAGGAGGGACCCAUGUGCCAAGACAGAGAGGCGAUGAAGGACUUAUUAGAGGAUGUUACUUGUGCCAAUGGCAGAUAUUCCUCUCUCUACUCUCUGAAUGGCCUUUUUCUGCUUUUACUUCGUAUGAUAAACUUUAUUUCCUUUCAGGGAAGUGUAACAAAGUAAAAAAUAAUAGUAAUAAUAAUGAUGUGACGUUAAAAAAUACAGUAAUACUACAGUAAGUGUUAGUUACUGAGCAUAUAGCGGGGGCAGACCGAAGAACUGCAAGAGUAAGGCCCGAGUCUGAAUGAUAAUUGUGCAUUUGUAUAUGUUUGUAUAGGCUGCUGUAAUUUUUCUCUUAGUUUGACUCUUUGGAACGCUCAUAAUGUUAGAAACUUUAAGGCACAAGCUUUGGCUUUGGCCCUCUUUAUUCAAGACAGGGUUUCAGAUCCCCCUUUACUUUGUGGUCCUCACUGUUUGAGAGAGGAAUAGAAGAUAACAGGAUCAGUUUUAGGUAGAAUGUAAGCAUUUCAUAUUCCACUGUUGAUCUGCAGCAAAACUGUGAUCUUUUUUUUUUUUAUCAUAUCGCCUUCUGUAAAAGUGAGAUCCAGCUAUUUCAGUUUUAAGAGUCGUGUUUACAGAAUAUUUUAUUUCGAAAUAAAAAAGGAUUUCCUGAUUAUUUAUUGCCCAUUUAAAAAGAGAAUGAAUUUAGUCCGCACUGAUACAACUCUAAAAAUGACGUUUUUGUGAAGUAUUGUUGGCAGGCAAGAACUCCUCUUCAUUUUUUUUUUUUUUUUGUUUAAAUUAUUUUGUCAUUUAUGUCAUUUUUUUGGCCAGUAGGAUAAGAGGAAUUGCUCUGCUGUACAGAUCCAUUCUGUAGAUGAACCUGACUGUUUGUGUAUAUCUUGUCUUCCUUUUAUGUUAAAAAUAUUUUAAAUAUAUUGAAACUCGUAUAGGUUACUAUUUUUUUAAGCACAAAAUUAUUAGUGUAUUAUUUGACGCUACAAUGUAAUGUAGCGUUGUAUAUUCUUGCUUUUUAAUUAUAUGUGAACUUUUAGAAACAGACAGUAAAUUUGCUCUUUAGAUGUAAACGCCUCUAAAUCUAAAUUAAAAUGCUUAACGAUAAUGUUUGAGUCACUCUCUUUUUUUCCUGCAAAUGCCUGCUUUCUUAUAACAUUGACUGUAUCAUUUUGUGCACACGCAGUAAUGGUGUAAAUUUCUAAAGCCAGGAAUUCUGGGGUCCAAAACUUCCGAAAUAAAGACGUUAUUCAAAGACAAA